AUGUUUACCGAACGUAUUGUAAUCCUAAUUCUAUUUGCUGCAAUUCUUGUAGUAGCAGAUCAACUUGCGAAAGAAAAGAUGAUUAGAUCCAGAAUGCGACGAUGUGCACGUCAAUUCAGUCUUGCCAUGAAUUUCCAAUGUCGUGGAAUAACAGCGGAAGAAUGUGAACCAUUCAGAGAACUUUUCGGCUUGGAAACUUCAAAUGUAUCGCUUCGAGAACAUUUAGUUGAGAAAAAAUGUUGCGAACGUCGAUGCUCAUUGCAAGUUUUACGGUCAUUAUGUUGUUUCGAAUAG